AUGAAAAUUAUAUGCAAAAGAUUUGAUAUUUCAAAUAAAAUUAUGAUGAAUUUGUUUUCACUGAAAAUUUUAAUGUAUUCGUUAAGUAAAAGUGAAAUAUUUAUAGUGGACAUGUGUAAUAGUGCUUUUUCGUGUAAAAAUGUGAAGAACAAUAAUAUACUUCAGGUUUCAUUUCAAGAUAACACGUUUUUUUUUAAUGCUUUGGUAAAUAUAAAAUUUAUUAAAAAGUUGUUGCGAAAUCACUAUCAUAUAAUGAAUAAUACUAAGGCAAAUAUUGAAAAUAUAAAGGUCCUCGUUAUGCUGGAAAGAAAAAUGAAAAUAAGCAUUUUGGAAAAUAAGAAUGAAGAAAUUUAUCAUGUACACCAAAUUAUUACAUAUUUUACAGCAUUAAAAUAA